AAAAGAAAAAUAUAUAGAACCUCCUCUUUUUUGGAAAUCGAGUAAAAAAAAAUACGUGAGCGAAUUAACCGUCGUCCGAGACUGCGUGCCUACAUGCAGUGAAAAGGAGUGGUGGGGAGCUCGUACCUUUUGCUGUGACACCGACGAGUGUAAUAGCGCUUUCACACGAAGUCCUGCGAUCGCUCUUAUCGCACUAGCGAUCGUUCUCGUCUUCGCGCGC